AUGGCCCUGGAACAAGCUUCGCUCUUACUUAGCAGACAGCUGAAAGAGCUAAAUAAAAGUUCGGUUGAUGGAUUUUCUGCCGGGCUUAUUGAUGAUGAUGACCUGUUUAAGUGGGAAAUAGUCAUCUACGGACCACCAGAGACUCUUUAUGAGGGUGGUAUGUUCAAAGCACACCUCAUCUUCCCCAGAGAGUACCCUCAUAGACCACCAAAGAUGAAGUUUGUGUCCGAGAUGUGGCACCCGAACAUUGAUCAAGAGGGCAACGUGUGCAUCUCAAUACUGCAUGAACCUGGCGACGAUAAGUAUGGCUACGAGAAGGCGGCGGAACGGUGGCUGCCGGUCCACACGGUGGAAACCAUCUGCAUCAGUGUCAUCUCCAUGCUCGCUGACCCCAAUGAUGAAUCUCCGGCCAAUGUAGAUGCUGCUAAAAUGUGGCGAGAGAACUUUGAGGAGUUUAAAAAGAGAGUUACACGGACGGUACGAAAGAGUAUUGAAGAAUUAUGA